AUGCGCGCGCACCCGGGGGGAGGCCGCUGCUGCCCGGAGCAGGAGGAGGGGGAGAGCGCGGCGGGCGGCAGCGGCGCUGGCGGCGGCUCCGCCAUAGAGCAGGGGGGUCAGGGCAGCGCGCUCGCCCCGUCCCCGGUGAGCGGCGUGCGUAGGGAAGUCGCUCGGGGCGGCGGCGCCGCCGGCUCCGGCCGCGGCCGGGGGCGGUGGAAGCAGGCGGGCCGGGGCGCCGGCGGCGGCAGCGGCGUCUGUGGCCGUGGCCGGGGUCGGGGCCGUGGCCGGGGACGGGGUCGGGGACGGGCCCGGCGGGAGCCGGUCCCUUCCCCGUCUGGGAGCGCGGGGCCGGGGCCCAGGGGACCCCGGGCCCCGGAGAGCGGGAAGAGGAUGGACUGCCCGGCCCUCCCCCCCGGAUGGAAGAAGGAGGAAGUGAUCCGAAAAUCUGGGCUCAGUGCCGGCAAGAGCGAUGUCUACUACUUCAGCCCAAGUGGUAAGAAGUUCAGAAGCAAGCCUCAGUUGGCAAGGUACCUGGGAAAUACUGUUGAUCUCAGCAGUUUUGACUUCAGAACUGGAAAGAUGAUGCCUAGUAAAUUACAGAAAAAUAAACAGAGACUACGGAAUGAUCCUCUCAAUCAAAAUAAGGGUAAACCAGACUUGAAUACAACAUUGCCAAUUAGACAGACAGCAUCUAUUUUCAAACAACCUGUAACUAAAGUUACGAACCAUCCUAGUAAUAAAGUAAAAUCGGACCCUCAACGAAUGAAUGAACAACCACGUCAGCUUUUCUGGGAGAAGAGGCUACAAGGACUUAGUGCAUCAGAUGUAACAGAACAAAUUAUAAAAUCUAUGGAACUUCCAAAAGGUCUUCAAGGGGUUGGGCCAGGUAAUAAUGAUGAGACUCUUUUAUCGGCUGUUGCCAGCGCUUUGCACACCAGCUCUGCACCAAUAACAGGGCAAAUCUCUGCUGCUGUGGAAAAGAACCCUGCUGUUUGGCUUAAUACAUCUCAACCCCUUUGCAAAGCCUUUAUUGUUACAGAUGAAGAUAUUAGAAAACAGGAAGAACGAGUACAACAGGUGCGUAAGAAAUUGGAAGAAGCACUGAUGGCAGACAUUUUGUCACGAGCUGCUGAUACAGAAGAGAUGGAUAUUGAAAUGGACAGUGGAGAUGAAGCAUAAGAAUAUGAUCAGGUACUUUCAACUGACUUUCCCCAAAAGCAAAUUCCUAGAAGUUGAACAGAAAUGUUUCCACUGGGUUUUGCUUAUAAGAAGAAAUGGACCCAUGCACUUAUAUAGCUUUUUAAUAGCGUUAACCAAUGCAUUUUAGACAUAUUUUGAUGUAUAUAUCUAUUAUUCAAAAAUUGAUCUUUAUUUUGAGUCCUAGGACUUAAAAGUAGCCUUUUAAAAUAUCAAGCACAGCACCCUUAAAAUGAAGCCAAGCUUUUUUAUACCAGGUUGCAAUCUGCUGGAAAUAUUGUAUUUGUAUGAAAUACUUGCUUCCCCCUACAGUUUUAGUAUGAAUGGAUCAGGAGAACUGAAAAAUUACCCAAUUAAAGAUUAUUAUGACUUCAAUGUAUAUAAACAGAUUUUUAUACUUCUAUUGAAAGAAGACGCCUGUACAUUCUUCCAUCAUCACUGUAAAGACAAAUAAAUGAUUAUAUUCACAA